AUGCUGGGCUGUAGCACGGCUCUGAAUGUUUCCUGUUGCCAGCAGCUGUUGAGUAUCGCUCGAGUCAUCAACAAUCACCUGUGGUAUGAAUACAAGAAAUCCGAGCACAAUCUCGCCGGGGCUGACAUCUAUACUACAGUGAUUCUGGGACUGUUCGCUUCUAUUAUAAUUCUGCUAAUGGUCCGUUCAGUGAGAUCAACAGAGUCGUUGGAUGAGCAGGUAGUCACACUUCUCUCGUCAAUGCAAAUGCGAAUUGAGCACGACGAAACGAUGCGGCACAGAAAGUCGAUGAGGGAAGCAAAACGGAGAGCACAGAUCCUUUUAGCGAACUUCAGAACCACAAGUAUAGGCAGAGUGGUCAGCAUGAGAACGAGAAGUGCAAGCUCUUUCGGUGAGUAG